AUGGCCGCCUCUGAAUCUACUGCUGGGUCUGAACCUACGAUCCUCGACAAGAUCUAUGCUCAGCGCGUGAAGGACGUCGAGGUUGCGAAGAAUACGCCGGGUACGACGUGGGACGAUCUCCAGGCAGCUCUAUCCUUUGCGCCACCCCUGAUCUCGUUUCCCGAUCGCCUACGUGUGGGCGCUGCCGCUGACAGCGGGGUCGCGUUGAUGGCUGAGAUCAAGCGCGCGUCGCCCAGUAAGGGAGACAUUGACCCAAAUGCGAUUGCACCUGUCCAAGCAAGGAAAUACGCACUCGCCGGCGCAUCGGUCGUAUCUGUCCUGACGGAGCCGACAUGGUUCAAGGGUGGUCUGCUCGACAUGCGUCUCGCGCGCUCGGCGGUGGACUCGCUUCCGGACCGUCCGGCUAUCCUCCGCAAGGACUUUGUCUUUGACAUGUACCAAAUCUUGGAAGCGCGCGUCCAUGGAGCGGACACUGUGCUCCUCAUCGUCGCGAUGCUUUCCGUGGACGAUCUUACAGAGCUGUACCAAUUCGCUCAGGGUCUGGGCAUGGAGCCGCUCGUCGAAGUAAACAAUGCGGACGAAAUGGCGCUCGCGCUUGAACUAGGCGCCCGCGUCAUCGGUGUGAACAACCGCGAUCUCAAGACGUUUGCUGUGGACAUGGGCACGACUUCGCGUCUUGCGGACCUGGUCGCCGAAGCGAACUCAGACACGCUUCUCUGCGCCCUCAGUGGUAUCUCUGGCCCGCAAGAUGUCCAAAAGUACGCGAAGGAGGGCGUGAACGCCGUACUCGUCGGCGAGGCUCUCAUGCGCGCGAACGACAUCAACGUCUUCGUGCGCCAGCUACUCAGUUUACCUGCACCGCCGAUGGAGACACCUUCGCUCAAGACGCGCGUUAAGGUCGACGGAGUAACGCCGGAGAACGUUAACGACGAGCGCGUGCGCUCCGCCGAUCUCGUCGGCGUGUUCUUAUCGAAGAAGAACCCAAAGCAUAUUUCGCUCGAGGAUGCCGCGAAAGUAUCGGUCGCGCUGCAGGCAGAUGCACACCCGCCUGCGGAUCUGCCGCCGGUCCCGGGAGAGGAUUGGUUCGCUGCGCAUGCGCGUCGUGUGAGUGGCGCGGGACGGCCGCUGCUUGUUGGUGUGCUUGACGACGAUCCCCACUUGACGCUCGACGAGAUCAUACGUGCCGUCCACGCUGCUCGUCUCGAUGCAGUUCAGCUGGCGAGUAGCACACCCGUGGAGUGGGCUAGGCACGUUCCAGCGCUCGUACUGCGGUCCAUAUUCGCCCAGAGCGUGCUCGCGGGUGGCGUGUUGGAAGGGCUCAGACAGCUUGGGUACCAUCACGCAGUCCUUGUUCGCGGACGUGCGAGUGGAUACGUACACGAGCUUCGUGAGCUCAGUGAUGCGGGGAUCCCGCUACUCGUACUUGCGGAGAGUACGACGCAGGAGGUACGCGAGGGGAUCCGGCCAUGGGCGAUUUGCUCCCAGCUAUGA